CUCUUUGAAUUUUACUAUUUUUUUAUUUGUUUAUAUAUUCCCUCUGUCAAAAUUAUGCUUUUAUGUGCUCAUCUUUCAUUUUAUUACUGGUUUUCAAGAACUUAAAUUUUAACAGUUCUACUUUAAAGUCAAUGAGGGGAAAGAAAAUCUUGAAACCCUUUUGAGUUUUGAUACUUUUUAGCGUGAAUUCAUGUGGAAGUACCUUGGUUCUUUUCUGAAUAAUGGCAAUGAAUGAGCAAUCUCGGAACCCAGCUCGGUUUUUGUGUGCAUUCGUGCAUUAGCCUUCAAUCGUGGUGAAAAGAUUUGAUUUUUUUAGGACAUUUCCCUAUGAUUUAUUAUUGGGGUUAAGACAUUAGUGAACUCUAGUGGAAUUUUGGCAUGAACAUGCAGAAGGAAUUAGAUGGUACUGCAAUUAUCCCUUUUUCUUUAGGAAUUGAGAUUUGAAGUACGUUGGUAAUUUGGGUACUACUAACGUCGGUAUUUUUAAAAGAUGAAAGAGUGCAUGUAUCUACUGUUGUGGAUACGGGCUGUAUAACGUGGAAUUGUUGCCAUGGAAAAGGUCUCUGCAUCGUAUGUCUUCAGAAUCAUAUUCCAUCAGUCGGAGAAAAAAUGUUUUGGAUCAAGUUUGAUGACACAGAUUCUCAAGAAAAGGAAAUAUUGUUUGGAAAAUUUCUGUGCUGAACUCAGGAAUGAUGUUGUCCGGCUUGCACAUCAUAGAAUUUGGUCCUUUAAACGUUUUUGAGGUUUCCCUGAGAAGCCAAAGAGCACCUCUGACUGUUGCAAGAGUUAUGCAAUUCACCAUUCCUUUUGGUUUCAGUUCAUUCUGGAACCUUUUAAACUGUAGCAGCAUAAAUAUGGACAGAGAUAAAUGUGAUUAAAAAUGAGUGGGCAAAACCUUUCAAGCAAUCAUUGUUCCAGAACAUACUGGACACCGACAAUGGAGCGGUAUUUUGUGGAUCUCAUGUUAGAGCAUAUUCAUAGAGGGAAUCGAAUUGGGCAUACAUUUAACAAGCAAGCCUGGACAGAUAUGCUGGCUGUCUUUAAUGCCAAGUUUGGAUCUCAAUACGACAAAGAUGUACUGAAAGGCCGUUAUACAAAUUUGUGGAAACUAUUUAACGAUGUUAAAAAUCUCCUUGGCCAGAAGGGUUUUUCUUGGGAUGAAACUCGGCAAAUGGUGGUGGCUGAUGACUAUGUAUGGGAGGCAUAUAUUAAGAUUAAUCCAGAAGCAAGACCUUACAGAACCAAAUCAGUGCUCAAUUUUGAUGAUUUGUGCUUGAUAUAUGGGUAUACUGUUGCUGAUGGAAGAUACAGCCGUUCGAGCCAUGAUGUAGAUUUUGAGGAUGAGAACCCAGGGGCUCAUUUGGGUGAACGUAAUAGUAAUUUAGCCUCUUCAACUAGUUCGAGAACGGAUUGGACGCCAGACAUGGACCAGUACUUUAUUGAGUUGAUGCUGAAACAGCAAGAAAGAGGCAACAAGCUUGACAGUACUUUCACAAAACAAGCCUGGACGGAAAUGCUCGCAUUGUUUAAUGCCAAAUUCAGCUCUGAAUAUAAUAAAAGAGUUCUGAGACACAGAUACAAAAAAUUGUGGAAAUAUUAUUGUGAUUUAAUGACAUUGGUCAAACAAAAAGGUUUUGUCUGGGAUGAGAAACAGGAAAUGGUGGUUGCUCAUAACAAUGUUUGGGAUGCUUAUAUGAAGGCACACCCUCAUGCUCGAUCAUAUAGAGCCAAAGUCUUUCCGGGCUAUAACAAUCUGGCACUGAUAUUUGGGGAAAUGACCAGUAAGGAAAGCCAGAUUGAUUGCCAUCAAGACAAAGACAUUAAAAGUGAAGCUGUAGUUGCAAAAGCCGGCAGCGAACGUUCUAGAACAUAUUGGACUCCACCAAUGGACCGGUUUUUUAUUGAUUUGAUGCUCGAUCAAGUGCAUGGAGGAAAUCGAAUUGGACCGUCAUUUAUCACCCAAGCCUGGAAUGACAUGGUUGAGUCAUUUAAUGCAAACUUUAAUUCUCAUCAUGAUAGGGAAGUUCUGAAGAAUAGAUACAAGCAUUUCAGGAAGCAAUACAAUGAUGUUAGGAUCCUUCUACAGCAUAAAGGUUUUUCAUGGGAUGAAGGCCGAGAGAUGUUAACAGCUGAAGAUCAUGUUUGGGAUGCUUAUAUUAAGGCACAUCCAGAUGCCCGAUCAUACAGAGUUAAAACUGUGCCCUGUUAUCACAAAUUAUGCGUCAUAUAUGGACAAGAUAAGUUUGAUGGAUCGUACAGCUGUUUGGUUGGCAGCACAGAUCCAGCUGUUGGAACUUUUUGUAUGAAAAUAGGUAACGGCAAGCGAGAAGAAUCCCAUGCUGGUGCAGAUCCCAUAACAGAUUGGUCGUAUCCUAUGGAACAAUAUUUUGUUGAUCUUAUGUUGGAGCAGGUACUCCAUGGUAAUAAGAUCGAUAAUGAGUUUGGUGAGCAAGCUUGGGCUCACAUGACGCUUUCAUUUAAAGAAAAAUUCGGCUUGCAGUAUGAGCAGCAUAUUCUAGAAAAUCGUUAUUUGAGCUUGAUGAAACAGUAUAUUGAGAUCAGCAACCUCCUAAAUGAAGAAGGAUUCUUGUGGGAUGAAGCUUCGCAUACGAUUGUAGGUGACAGUGAUACAUGGGAAUCAUAUGCUAAGGAGCAUCCAGAGGCAGUUUCAUAUAAAGAUAAAGUCGUCAGAUAUUACAGCGAGUUAUGUGCUAUUUUUGGACCAGCUGACUUAGUUGAUGUAAAAGCAAGCUCUGAAAUGGUUAUGGAACUUGAUCAACAUCCUGUAGAUAUGAAAGUUGACAAAUACUCUGGAGAUCUUCCAGUUACGUUGCUGGAAACGGAGAUAUACGAUCAAGUGAGAAAGCGCACAGCAUCAACAUCUUUGGAAUCUUGUAACAAGGCACAAAAAACUGGCAAGAAAAAGGCUCAAGGGACCUAUACCAACGUCACGAGCAUGGCAACAGAGUUGGUCAAUAAGGAAGCAGGGAAUAAGUAUUUUGCAAUAGAGAGUGCCAUUGAUGCACUCCAAGCCAUAUCUGAUAUAGAUGACGAGCCUUUAUUGGAAGGUUGUGAUCUAUUGGAGGAUGAGAGGAAGGCAAAGACAUUUUUGGCAUUGGAUGCUACUCUCAGGAAGAAGUGGUUGCUCAGAAAGCUUGGACGCUCUUGAGUUUCAAUCUUGGCCUUCUGCAUUUCUGAACUUUGCUGAAGCCGCAGACUAACUUUGUAGAACAGAAUUAUGCAUGCAUGGAAAGUUUUGUCCUCUCUAUUAGCAGUUUCUGCAUUUCUGAACUUUACUGAAGCCGCAGACUAACUUUGUAGAGCAGAAUUAUGCAUGCAUGGAAAGUUUUGUCCUCUUUAUUAGCAGUUUCUGCUGAUCUGAGGUUUUUGCAUAUUAACUAUGUUUCGUAGCAGGUAGCUGCAUAACUUGCUAUGCAUGUAAGAAGUUACUCACUGCAGUUGUACGUGAACUUAUUGUUCAAAAAGUGGUUAAUAUUCAGAUUUGGUAUCUCAUUUUUCA